GGCUUGCACUGCCCUGAUGGCUCCCGACCCCAGCAGACGCUUCUGCCUGCUCCUGCUGCUGCUGCUGCUGCUCUCCUGCUGCCUUGUGCCUACCAGCGCUGAUGGGAAUUCCCUGAAUCCCCUGGAGUGGUUCUGGCCUGCCAAGACCACUGAUUCCUUGGAAGCCCGGGUCUCUCAACCCCAGAUCAGUCCACCUGUGCAGUCCCCAGAGAACCCCACCACGCACGUGGUCCCUCAGGAUGGCCUCACAGAACAACAGACGACUUCUGCCAACCCCAAGCUGUCCCCGGAGGAGGAUCGGGAAGCUGGCCAGGGUGGCACCCCUGCAAGCCCUGUUGUCCCCAUUCCCCUGGUGGCCCCCGCCGCGAGCCCAGACACGAAGGAGGAGAAUGUGGCCGGCGUUGGAGCCAAGAUUCUGAAUGUGGCUCAGGGCAUUCGGAGCUUUGUCCAGCUGUGGGAUGAGGACUCCACUACAGAGCACUCUCCUGGGAUUGAGGCUUCAGAUUCCCCAGUCCCUACGGUCCUCCCCGCUCUUGCUGAGCCCUCUAGUGCUCCCCAGGGGAGUGAGACCACUCUCUUGCUAAGCAGUGGCGUCCCAAGUUCUCCAGAUGCUCAGACAACCGAGGCUGGCACGCUGGCUGUGCCCACCCAGCCGACUCCCUUCCAGAGCAGCCUCCAAGCACCACUGGGAAGACCCUCAGUACCACCACCAUCCCCAGGUAGAGCGUUUCUCUCUUCUGCACGGAUCAGGGCUCCUCCCUGGGGGAGCCAAGAGCCCCUCAGGCAGCCACAGCAUCUGGAAGGGAAAGGACUCUUGCCUAUGGCAACCAGGUCCAGCCGGCAGCACAGACACUCUGAUACCCACGGGCACAUACCUCUUCUUCCCCUGGUGACGGGUCCUCUGGUGACGGCUUCUCUGAGUGUGCACGGUUUACUCUCUGUUCCUUCCUCUGACCCUUCAGUCCAACUCUCUCAAGUAGCAGCUUUACCUGGGUUCCCUGGUGCUUGGGUUUCCCACGUGGCUCCCUCUUCGGGGUCUGAGCUCUCUAAUGACUCUGCACUGGUGGGAAAUGACUCUCUGACCUCUCCCAGCCGGUGCCUGCCUCUGCCACCCACUUUGGCCGUCUGCAGCCACUUAGGUAUCGGACACUUUUGGCUGCCUAACCAUCUUCGUCAUGCAGACAGCGCGGAGGUGGAGGCCACCGCACGGGCUUGGGGUCACCUCCUCCAUACAAACUGCCACCCCUUCCUUUCCUGGUUCUUCUGUCUGCUGUUGGCUCCCUCGUGUGGCCCAGGCCCACCACCUGCCUUGCCACCCUGCCGGCAGUUCUGUGAGGCCCUGGAGGACGCGUGUUGGAACUACCUAGCCGGGGACAGGCUGCCUGUCGUCUGCGCCUCUCUCCCUUCUCAGGAGGAUGGGUACUGUGUGUUCAUUGGGCCAGCUGCAGAGAAUGUUGCUGAAGAGGUGGGGCUCCUGCAGCUCCUCGGAGACCCCCUACCCCAGAAGAUCUCCCAAGUCGAAGACCCUCAUGUUGGGCUGGCCUACGUCUUUGGACCAUACUCCGAAAGUAGUCAGAUGGCCCAGUAUCACUUCCCCAAACUCUUCUUCCGGGACUUUUCGUUGCUGUUCGAAGUCCGGCCAGCCACAGAGGCCGCAGGGGUGCUGUUUGCUAUCACAGAUGCCGCCCAGGUGGUGGUCUCGCUAGGCGUGAAGCUCUCAGAGGUCCGAGAUGGACAACAGAACAUCUCAUUGCUCUACACGGAGCCCGGGGCCAGCCAGACCCAGACGGGAGCCAGCUUCCGCCUACCUGCGUUUGUUGGCCAGUGGACACACUUCGCGCUCAGCGUGGAUGGAGGCUCCGUGGCUCUCUACAUAGACUGCGAAGAGUUCCAGAGAGUGCCGUUCGCUCGGUCCCCACACGGUCUGGAGCUAGAGCGUGGCGCUGGCCUCUUUGUGGGUCAGGCUGGAGCAGCGGACCCUGACAAGUUCCAGGGAAUGAUCUCAGAGCUGAGAGUACGCAAACCCCCCCGGGUGAGCCCUGUGCACUGCCUGGAUGAAGAUGAAGAUGAUGAUGACCAGGCAUCUGGAGAUUUUGGAAGUGGCCUUGAAGAAAGCAGCAAGUUACACAGGCAGGAUACAUAUCUACGACCCGGGCUCCCCCAGCCACCUCCUGUCACUUCCCCGCCCUUGGCUGGAGGCAGUGCCACCGGAGAUUCUAGGACAGAAGAAAAGGAGGAAGAAGCCGCGGUAGAUUCUAUAGGAGCUGAGAACCUUCCUGUCACAGAUUCAAGCGGUGUGUGGGACGGGGAUGUCCAUAACCCUGGAGGUGGCUUGAUAAAGGGAGGUCUCAAAGGACAAAAGGGAGAGCCAGGUGCUCAAGGUCCACCUGGCCCAGCUGGGCCCCAGGGUCCUGCCGGUCCAGCGGUACAGAGCCCCAGCUCACAACCUGUCCCUGGAGCACAAGGACCCCCGGGACCUCAGGGGCCACCAGGGAAGGAUGGCAUUCCAGGAAGGGAUGGUGAACCAGGCGACCCUGGUGAAGACGGGAGGCCGGGUGACACUGGACCUCAAGGCUUCCCGGGGACCCCAGGAGAUGUGGGCCCUAAGGGUGAGAAGGGAGAUCCUGGUGUUGGGCCUCGAGGACCUCCAGGACCUCCGGGACCACCAGGACCCUCCUUCAGACAGGACAAGCUGACCUUCAUUGACAUGGAGGGAUCUGGUGGUUUCAGCGGAGACCUAGAGAGCCUCAGAGGCCCACGAGGCUUCCCUGGUCCCCCAGGUCCCCCUGGUGUUCCAGGACUGCCUGGUGAACCAGGGCGCUUUGGGGUCAACAGUUCGUACGCACCAGGACCUGCAGGCCUUCCUGGUGUGCCUGGGAAGGAAGGGCCUCCUGGUUUUCCUGGUCCCCCGGGACCUCCAGGCAAAGAGGGCCCACCAGGAGUGGCCGGCCAGAAAGGCAGUGUUGGCGAUGCGGGCAGCCCAGGACCCAAGGGGAGCAAAGGAGACCUUGGGCCCAUCGGUAUGCCUGGAAAGUCUGGCUUGCCUGGACUCCCUGGGCCAGUUGGACCCCCAGGACCUCCAGGGCCUCCAGGGCCACCAGGACCAGGAUCUGCUGCUGGAUUUGAUGACAUGGAAGGUUCUGGAAUACCUCUCUGGUCAACAGCCCGAAGCUCCGGUGGGCUGCAGGGACCUCCGGGCUUGCCGGGAAUCAAGGGGGAUCCUGGAGUGACUGGGCCACCUGGGGCCAAGGGAGAAGUCGGAGCAGACGGAGUCCAGGGCAUCCCUGGUCUCCCAGGAAGAGAGGGUGUAGCUGGACCCCCGGGACCCAAAGGAGAGAAAGGGACCCAGGGAGAAAAGGGAAACCCAGGAAAAGAUGGAGUGGGCCGGCCAGGCCUCCCUGGCCCUCCAGGCCCCCCAGGGCCUGUGAUCUAUGUAUCAAAUGAGGAUAGAGCUGUAGUGAGCACACCGGGACCUGAGGGCAAGCCAGGGUACGCAGGCUUUCCUGGACCUGCUGGACCGAAGGGUGACCUGGGUUCCAAAGGCGAGCGGGGUCUUCCAGGGCCCAAGGGUGAGAAGGGAGAACCAGGCAGUAUCUUUAGCCCUGAUGGCAGAGCCCUGGGCCAGGCCCAGAAGGGAGCCAAGGGAGAACCAGGCUUCCGAGGACCCCCGGGUCCUUACGGACGGCCUGGGUACAAGGGUGAAAUUGGCUUCCCUGGACGGCCGGGUCGUCCCGGAACAAAUGGCUUAAAGGGAGAGAAAGGGGAGCCUGGAGAAGCCAGCCUUGGGUCCAGCAUGAGGGGACUGCCUGGCCCCCCUGGGCCUCCAGGCCCCCCAGGUCCUCCCGGAGUGCCCGUCUAUGACAGCAAUGCAUUUGCGGAGUCUGGCCGACCUGGACUACCAGGACAGCAAGGUGUGCAGGGGCCUCCAGGACCAAAGGGUGACAAAGGAGAGGUGGGCCCACCCGGGCCACCAGGGCAGUUCCCCCUUGACCUCUUCCACCUGGAAGCCGAAAUGAAGGGGGACAAGGGAGACCGAGGGGAUGCCGGACGGAAGGGAGAGAGGGGAGAGCCUGGGGCUCCUGGUGGUGGAUUCUUCAGCUCAAGUGUACCUGGGCCACCUGGUCCCCCUGGCCCUCCUGGAUACCCUGGGAUUCCGGGUCCAAAAGGAGAGAGCAUUCGGGGUCCGCCUGGCCCUCCUGGCCCGCAGGGACCUCCUGGCAUUGGCUAUGAGGGGCGCCAGGGGCCCCCAGGACCUCCGGGACCUCCAGGACCUCCCUCAUUCCCUGGCCCUCAUAGACAGACUGUCAGUGUUCCUGGUCCUCCAGGCCCACCUGGCCCCCCAGGUCCCCCAGGAGCCAUGGGUGCCUCUGCUGGGCAGGUAAGGAUCUGGGCUACCUACCAGACCAUGUUGGACAAGAUACGUGAGGUGCCGGAGGGCUGGCUUAUCUUUGUGGCCGAGAGGGAAGAGCUCUACGUACGGGUUAGAAAUGGCUUCCGGAAGGUGCUGCUGGAGGCCCGGACAGCCCUCCCGCACGGGACGGACAACGAGGUAGCUGCCUUGCAACCUCCAUUGGUACAGCUUCAUGAGGGCAGUCCAUAUACCCGGAGGGAGCACUCCUAUUCCACGGCACGACCCUGGCGAGCAGAUGACAUCUUGGCCAACCCACCACGUCUGCCGGACCGCCAGCCUUACCCGGGAGUUCCACACCACCACCACCACCACCACCACCACCACAGUUCUCAUGAACACCGGCCGCCAGCCCACCCCUCCCCCUCACCUGCCCAUACUCACCAGGACUUUCAUCCAAUGCUCCACCUGGUGGCACUGAACACCCCUCUGUCUGGAGGCAUGCGUGGUAUCCGUGGGGCUGACUUCCAGUGCUUCCAGCAAGCCCGAGCCGUGGGGCUGUCUGGCACCUUUCGGGCCUUCCUGUCCUCUAGGCUGCAGGACCUCUACAGCAUCGUACGUCGUGCUGACCGCAGCUUUGUGCCCAUCGUCAACCUCAAGGAUGAGGUACUAUCUCCCAGCUGGGACACCCUGUUCUCUGGCUCCCAGGGUCAACUGAACUCUGGGGCCCGCAUCUUUUCUUUCGACGGCAGAGAUGUCCUGAGACACCCAGCCUGGCCACAGAAGAGCGUAUGGCAUGGCUCAGACCCCAGUGGGCGCAGGCUGAUGGAGAGCUACUGUGAGACGUGGAGGACUGAAGCUACUGGGGUUACAGGUCAGGCCUCUUCCCUGCUGUCGGGCAGGCUCCUGGAACAGAAGGCCGAGAGCUGCCACAACAACUACAUCGUCCUGUGCAUUGAGAAUAGCUUCAUGACCUCUUUCUCCAAAUAGGGCCUCUGCCAGCUAAGAGGGCGGACAGAGGCGAUGCAGAACUUUGACACGGUGCAGGGAGCAUCCAGCCAGCACCCAGGGUCUGGCUAGGAUACGACCCUGUGUAGUUCACAUUUUAUGUAAUCGUCAAGAAAUAAAAGGAAGCCAAAGAGUAUAUUUUUUUAAACAUUUACAGUAGACUUCCUGCCCUUCCUCUCCUACUUGAACUGGCUAGCCUGUCACGGUUCCUUUUUCCUCCAAGCUUGGCGGGACCAUAGCUGGACCAUAGCUGGGUCUCGGCAGAAGGCUGAUGACCUAGAGUUGCUGCCUAAGACCUGCAGACUUUGCUCUAGCCUGGCGUCUUUCUGUGCAGACCCUUCACAGAGCAGUCACACGCACGUGCUGGGGAGAGCACAGGGUAGUUCAGGCUCCCCUCUCACCGUCCAGUGGCUGUGGCCAGUUGUACAGGCGGGCACCUGCUCAUCCAUGUGGUAACUGGCUCUCCUCAUGCUUGAGGAGAGGGACCCAACUCUCCCGACUCCCCCACUCUCCUGCAGCCACACUUCCUGCCAGAGCAGGUUUCCAAGUUCACAGUGACCCCCAUAUCUGACCCCAUUUCCUGUCACCGUGGACAGAGACCAGGAAUGUGGCCAGACUCAGCCUGGGUGCUCAUUUUUUUUUUCUGAGGGCCAUACACGACAUGGGGCUUGUCACUCAGAGUGGCUUCUCUGGUGACUCCUGAGAUCCCAUCCAGAGCAGAACCCAACCCCAGCCAAGCCCAAGAAGAGCCUGGGUCUGGCAGUCCCUUGUCCUCGCUCUUCAGUCUGAAGUCCGCAAAUCUCUCAGCAGCCACGCAAGGCACUUGUCCUGUGGAGGGACUUGUGUGCUCAGGGCCACAAAUGGUCGAUCAAAGCCACUGUGCCUGCCUCGGGCUCUGCCGUCCAAGGAUUGGGACAAUCCAGUGGGGCUGGUUCUGUGACAAUGUGUGAUCUGAAGCCAUUUCAAAGAGGCACCAAAUAAAAAUGACCUUUUAUACAGA